AUGAUCACUAAUGAGCCAAGAUCGUUGUCUGUAAUCCCGUUAAUCAAUACUAACUCAUUACAAAGACAGGAUUUACAUCAUUAUUAUGCGGAAAGUAUUUAUGAUUAUGAAGAUAGUGAACUGAUGCAUUGUAAUAAUAAUAAUAAUAAUAAAAAUAAUGUUGAUCCCGAUCACCCUCAGAAGAGUAAACGAUCUACUACCACUACAGAUCGAUAUAUUCAUUUACCUAUGAGUAAUAGUAAUAAUGGCAGUACAGUUGGACGUCAUUCCGGUGUGCAUCAGAAUACACCAGGAUCAUCGGUGAAAUCACAAAGGUCAUACAGUAAUCGACCUCGGAUGGGAGCAUCUGCUAUCGUCACAAAUCUCCACGAUCAUUCUACAACCUCGUCGGCAUCCGCUGAUAAUUAUCAACAGUCUACACUGCCAGGACGAGGGAAAUUGAUAACCCAGCAUCAUCACUGGAAUAAUGGGAAUCAUAAAAACACCAAUCCCAAUACAUCAUCAGAGACAAUGAUGACAACGCCUUCAUCAACAGAUUUGGAUGAAUUCUAUCGAUUAUCACGUAGUCCAUCGACUCCAGGAUUAUGCAUUAAUAAUAGUAGUAGUAGUAAUAAUCAUUCAAAAUAUUCACCGCAUACAAUGGUGCCUUCAGUGACGACGACAACAACACCGCCGGCAACAACAACAAUACCACAAAAAUCACUGGGACAGAUGAAGAAUUCGCCAGACAAAUUCAAGCCAUCAUUUAUGAAAAUAAUCAACAUUUAUGCUCAAAAUGAUAAUAAGUGUUAA